GUAAGGCGGGCCGAGACUCCGUGAGGCUGAGACGCGCCUGCCCGCUGCCGUUAAUACCAACCCCCUCGCCGUUACGCUCCUAAAACCCUAGCGAAGGCGUGCCUUUCCCUUACCGCCCACCCGCCGCCGCCGCCGCCGCCAUGUGCCCCGCAGCGGCGACCAUGAGAUCGGCCAGGCCGUCGAAGAAGCGGAAGCAGCCCGUCGUCGCCCCGCCGGAGUCGGACUCUGAGGAGGAGUCGGUGUACGACACCGCCUCCGACGGCGACGAGGAGGAAGAGGAGAGGCAGCAGGAGGUAGAGAGCGAGGACGAAGACGAGGAGGUGGAGGAGGGGAGCGAUGAUGAAGACGAGGAGAUGGAGGAGGGGAGCGAUGACGAUGAGGACGAGGAGGAAGAUGAGGACGAGAGCGAGGAGGAGGAGGAGGUGAAAGUGACGGUGAAGGAGGAGGAAAAAAAGGAAAAGAAGAAGAAAAGGGAGGAGGUGGAGGAAAAGAAGAAGGAAAAGGAGGAGGAGAAAGAGGAAAAGAAGGUGAAGAAGAAGGGGGAGGGGAGCGGGAUUCUCUCAAACAAGCUCUUCUCGGAGCUCCCCAUCUCUGAGCUCACUGCCAAGGCCAUCAGAGAGAUGAACUACACCCACCUCACCCAGAUUCAAGCUAGAUCAAUACCACAUCUGUUGGAAGGAAAGGAUGUGAUGGGCGCAGCUAAAACUGGAUCAGGGAAGACUCUUGCGUUCCUUAUACCAGCGAUUGAGCUGCUCUAUCAUCUGCGCUUCUCACCAAGGAACGGGGCCGGAGUUAUUGUGGUUUGCCCGACAAGGGAGCUUGCUAUCCAGACACACAAUGUUGCCAAGGAGUUAAUGAAGUAUCAUUCGCAAACUCUUGGAUAUGUCAUUGGUGGUAAUAACCGGAGAAGUGAGGCAGAUCAGCUUGCGAAGGGGGUCAAUUUAUUAGUUGCUACCCCAGGCAGGCUUUUGGACCAUCUACAAAAUACCAAGAGCUUCAUAUACAAAAGGCUAAAGUGCCUUGUAAUUGAUGAAGCUGAUCGCAUACUUGAGCAAAACUUUGAGGAAGAUAUGAAACAAAUAUUUAAACGCCUACCUCAGAAUAGGCAGACUGUUCUUUUUUCUGCUACACAGACUCCAGAGGUUGAAAAAUUUGCUAAAUUGUCAUUUGAGAAAAAUGAAGAAAGUAAAGAAAAACCAGUUUAUGUUGGAGUUGAUGAUGAUAACUCAAAAGCUACUGUUGAAGGCUUACAGCAGGGGUACUGUGUCAUUUCAAGUGAGAAGAGGUUCCUGGUUCUGUAUGCUUUCCUCAAAAAGAAACAGAAUAAGAAGGUCAUGGUGUUCUUUUCAUCAUGUAAUUCAGUCAAGUUCCACUCAGAACUUCUGAAUUUCCUUGGGAUAGAGUGUUCCGAUAUCCAUGGGAAACAGAAGCAGCAGAAACGAACUACAACAUUCUUUGACUUUUGCAAGGCAGAAAAGGGCAUCUUAUUGUGCACUAAUGUGGCUGCACGUGGACUUGAUAUCCCUGAUGUGGAUUAUAUCGUGCAAUAUGAUCCUCCAGAUGAACCAAAGGAUUACAUUCACAGAGUUGGUCGUACCGCCCGUGGUGACAAAGGAAAGGGAAGUGCAUUGCUGUUCCUACUACCAGAAGAAUUAAAAUUUCUCAUUUACUUGAAGGCAGCCAGGGUUACCCUUACAGAAUAUGAGUUCAAUCAAAAGAAUGUGCCAAAUUUGCAAUCACACCUCGAGAAAAUUGUUAGCGACAAUUACUUUCUGAACCAGUCUGCUAAAGAAGCCUACAGAUCCUACGUUUUGGCGUAUGACUCUCACUCUAUGAAAGACAUUUUUAAUGUUCAUCAACUUGAUCUGCAGAAAGUAGCUGCAUCAUUCUGUUUCAGAAACCCUCCAAAGGUGAAUCUGGACCUGGAGAGCAGCGCUGCGAAACAUCGGAAGAAGAUGAGGAGAUCAGAUGGUGGGAAGAGGCAUGGUAUCAGCCCUUCAAAUCCUUAUGGUAGGAAGGACAAAGACGGUGGCAAUAAACGACAGUUUGCGAGGUUUUAGAAAAGAAGGGCCUUACAUGGGGUUGUGUAAUACCAGAGCUUCAAAGUUUCCUGGCUUUGGAAAAUUUUGACAGAUCGCUUGAUGCUAGAGUGGAUGAGAUAUUAUCACUUGUUUUAGUGGAUGAUCGCUUGAUGUGUUGCAUCUUUAGAGUGUAAUGCAAUUGCCCACACAGUGGAUUCUUUAUUUCAUAGUGCUUCGAUUGCUGCUGCACAA